UUGAAUCCAGCAAGGAGUUUGUUAAGAGCCAUAAUAAGAAAAUGUUAAUGUGUUUUCUAUUAUUGAUGUUCAAUUUCUUUACUCUUAGAGCUUCAAGUGACAUCCAUCUCUGUGAAAGUGAACUUGAAUUACGCUAUGUUUUCUUACUGAAGCUGGAAGUACUAAAUCCAAUAUUGCGCGAAUAUUUUCUUAGACAGUCUGGUGUUGGAUUACUUAAUGUCUUUAAUCAAUAUGAUCUCAUCCAAAUAACAGUGGAUCCUGUAAAGCGGGAAUCCGUUUAUCAAUUCACAAUGGCUACGAAUAUAUUCAUCAGCGUUAUUGGUUACUGUUUCCACGUAGACGAGGUACCUCCAUUGUUAAUGAACGCGAGAAAAGAUCCUGAGAAAAUAUAUGAGAAGAUGCCAACUCUCCAAGAUCUCGUUUUGGCUGCUGAAAAAGAAAUGGAUAUUGAGAAUUUGAACACGUCGCAAAUAGCUCAUUUCAGAAGUAUAGACCUAAAACCCGCAUCUACAUCCACCACACGAUAUGAUGAUUUAAAGGAAUUUGAAGGAGUCCUUUACAAUGUAUCAAUAUUAUAAUUUUAUCCUCAAAUACAAUGUACGCUGAAGAGGAUCGUGGAAAAUAAUAUACUUUCCGAGUUUACUUUUAUAAA